GAUAAAAUUCCUAAGUGAAGUUGUAGAGUUGUUUUGGGUUGUCCUGUAUUUGGUCUCUCUUCUCGAAUACACUAUGACUAGCACCAAGCUCGAAGUGGUGACGUUUGAUAGUACUAGUGAUUUUGGAUUAUGGCAUGUUAAGGCCAAAUCACUGUUGGUUCACCAAGGUGCAGGUUAUGCACUUACUAGAGAAUACCCAAAGUAUUAUGGGGAAAGAGAAAAGGUGGAAGCAAAAGAUAAAGCAUUUUCAACACUCCAAUUAAUUAUUAGUGAUGAGGUUUUACGUGAGGUAGUGAAGGAGACCACAACUAAGGAUCUUUGGGAGGCUUUGGAGAGGGAGUACAUGGGUAAAUCACUCCAUAACAAGCUUUAUUGCAAGCAAAGGCUUUAUCUACUCCAGAUGCAUGAAGGCACUUCCAUAACUUCUCAUAUUAAUGCUUUUACCAAGGCAAUGCUUGAUCUUGAGAAUUGUGGUGUUGAGAUUGAUGAUGCAACCCAAGCUAUUCUUUUGUUGGCAUCAUUGCCCCCAUCGUUUGAGAGUUUCAGAGACUCCAUGUGUUAUGGCAGAGAGACAAUUUCUUUAUCUAAUGUGAAGGAGGCCUUGAAAACUAAAGAAUUAAAGGCCAAGAAUGAAGCCUCAACUAGUGAAAACAAGGAUGAAGGCUUGGUUGUGAGAGGAAGAACUUCAAAAAGAGGGAAUCGUUGCUCAAAGUCUAGAUCAAAGUCUAGAGGAAAGUCUAAGUCCUAUGUUAUGGUUGUGGUGAAAAGGGUCACAUUAAAAGGAAUUGUCCAAAUAGAAGGCGAGAUAAAAAACAAGAGCAAAAGAGCAAUAAUGAAAAAAUGGUUUUCUACUUACAAUAAAGUUAAGUGUGCUGAUGUUUUAAUGGGAGAUGAUCACCCUUGCAAGGUGAAGGGCAUUGGUACGUUUCUACUCAAAAUGCAUGAUGGUGUUGUGGGAGAAUUGACAAAGGUUAGGCAUGUUCCGGACAUGCGGAAGAACUUGAUCUCUUUAAGUGCCCUAGAUACUAAUGGGUACACUUUUUCUAGUGGAGGUGGAGCUAUGAAAGUUGUUAAAGGUUUUCUUGUGGUCAUGAAAGGUCGGAAGGAUAUGAAGCUUUAUGUGCUGCAAGGCUCCACGGUUACCAGUUCAACUAAUGUUGUUUCUUCAUUAUCGGAUAAGGACUUGACCAAAUUGUGGCAUAUGAGGUUAGGUCACAUGAGUGAAAAAGGGAUGACAUUGUUGAGCAAGAAGCGUCUUCUUGGUGAUCAUAAAUUUUGUAGCUUGGACUUGUGUGAGCAUUGUUUGUAUGGGAAGCAAACUAAAGCAAGCUUUAAUAUAGGAGUUCAUUGGUCCAAAGAACCUCUUGAUUAUAUCCAUUCUGAUCUUUGGGGUCCUUCUAAGAGGAUGUCUGUUGGUCGUGCCUUAUAUACGCUUACUUUCAUCGAUGAUCACUCAAGGAAGGUGUGGGUUUAUUUCCUCAAGCAUAAGAGUGAAGUUUUUCACACUUUCAAGCAGUGGAAGGUUCUGGUUGAGAAUCAUAAAGGCAAGAAAAUCAAGUGUUUGAGAACAGACAAUGGACUUGAGUUUUGCAACCAAGAGUUUGAUGAUUAUUGUAAGAAUGAAGGAAUUGCUAGACAUCGAACAGUUCCUGGAACUCCACAGCAAAAUGGAGUGGCAGAGCGCAUGAAUAGGACCAUCAAUGAGAGGGUUAGAUGUAUGUUAUCUCACUCCAAACUUGCUCAAGAAUUGUGGGCAAAAGCAGCUUUUACAUCAGCUUAUUUGGUGAAUAGAUCUUCAUAUGCACCUAUUGGUUUCAAGACUCCAAAAAAGGAGAGCAUUAUUUCUCGUGAUGUUAUUUUUGAUGAAAAUGCUAUACUUAACCCCAAUGUGGAUAAUGGAGUUAUUGAUACAGGUGCUGGUAUAGGAAAGGGUUCAAAAUCAAAGGUGAAAUUUCAACUAGGCCUUCAAUCUCAAAAGCUGUCUAGUUCUCCUCCUCUUCCACAAGCUCAAGGUGGAGUAAAAGGCCAUGAUGAUGAUAUAGUCGACCAUAAACAAAGAGAGGAAGAAGAAGAAAUUUCACAAGAUGAGCCUUAUUCCAUAGCAAAGCAUAGACCAAGGAGGGAGAUUCGCAAGCCACAAAGAUAUGUUAAUGUGGCUAGUGAAUGCUUGAGUGAUUAUGCUUUGGUGAUCGCACAAGAAAUCGAUUAUGAUGGUGAGCCUUCUACCUACAAGGAAGUAGUGUCUUGUAAGAAUUCUUCCAAGUGGUUGAUAGCCAUGCAAGAAGAAGUGGAAUCACUUUAUAAAAACCACACAUGGGAGUUGGUCAAACCACUUACGGGGAAGAAGAUAGUUGGUUGCAAAUGGAUCUUCAAGCGGAAAGAAAGUAUCCCGGGUGUUGAAGAUGCAAGGAUCCUUGGUAUGGAGAUACAUAGGGAUAGGCAUGGUGGAACAAUUAAGCCUUCACAAAAGAAAUUUGUUGAGAAGGUUCUUGAACGUUUCAACAUGAAAGAUGCCAAACUCGUGAGUACUCCUUUAGCAUCUCAUUUCAAAUUGUUAGCUCAGUUAUGUCCUCGAUCAAAUGAAGAUCUUGAAUACAUGUCUCAUGUUCCAUAUUCUAGUGUUGUGGGCAACAUGAUGUAUAUGUCUAAUCCUGGUAAGGAACAUUGGACAGCAGUGAAGUGGGUCUUGAGAUACUUGAAAGGCACUACAGGAACUUGUCUUGAGUUCAAGAAAGAUGGGACAUGUGUGCAAGGCUAUGUUGAUUCAGACUAUGUCGGUGAUCUUGACAAGAGGAGGUCUUUGACAGGUUAUGUUUUCACUCUUGGUGGUAGUGUUAUUAGCUGGAAGGCUGUUUUGCAAGGUAAAGUAGCUUUGUCGACUACUGAAGCAAAGUACAUGGCAAUGACAGAGGCUUUUAAGGAGGCAACAUGGUUGAGAGGACUUGUUGGGGAGUUUAGCUUGGAUUGUGUUGCUAUUGAUGUGCAUUGUGAUAGCCAAAGUGCUAUUUGUUUGGCUAAGGACUAUUUGUUUCAUGAGAGAACAAAGCACAUUGAUGUGAGGUUUCAUUUUAUUCGAGAUGUAGUCUCCUCUGGUGAGAUUAUUGUGAAGAAGAUUAAUACCGAAAACAAUCCAGCAGAUAUGUUGACAAAGUCCCUCCUAGUUAACAAGUUCAAGCAUUGCUUGGACUUGCUCAAUAUGAUGCUGUAAGAGCCCUUUGGGGUAUGGAGAAAGAUUGAGCUAGGAUAAAUUCACUUUGGGAGAUUUGAUGAAUUUCAAGUCAAGGUGGAGAUUUGUGAGGUAUGCCUUGAAAUCAUGUUAAAGCCUUAUGAAGUUGGCAGCAGAUUAUGAAACCAAUGAAGGUUCAUAAUCUGG